AUGAACCAGAUGCAAUCGUACGCUGACGUACAUCCCCCCCACAUGUCUGCUGCUACUGCACACGCGCCUGCUUCGGGUCCUCCCGCAGGUCUGUCGCACUACUCUUACCCGCAACAGCCCUCGAUGCUGCAGCCUGGCCCCCAGUAUGGAUCCGCGCCGCCAGGCUAUCCCUCGUAUGGCUAUUCCAAUGGCCUCCCCUCACAACUGCCGGCUUCGUCGUCCAUGAACAGUUCCAUGGUGCCUUCGACAAUUCAGCUUCCUGCAAUGUCUUCAGGCGCACCGGCACCAGCACCACAGAGCUACCAGACCCAUACGUUUGAUCACACUGGACAGGUUGCCCCGCCAGGAAUGAAGCCUCGUGUGACCGCCACACUUUGGGAAGACGAGGGCAGUCUUUGCUUCCAGGUGGAAGCAAAGGGUGUGUGCGUCGCUCGUCGCGAGGACAACCACUUCAUCAACGGCACAAAGCUAUUGAACGUCGCUGGAAUGACACGAGGACGCCGAGACGGCAUCUUGAAGAGCGAGAAGACAAGACACGUUGUCAAGAUCGGACCCAUGCAUCUCAAGGGUGUCUGGAUCCCUUUUGAGAGAGCACUCGAAUUCGCAAACAAGGAGAAGAUCACGGAGCAGCUCUAUCCUCUGUUUGUUCACGACAUUGGGGCCCUGCUCUAUCACCCCACAAAUCAAAACAGGCAAAGUGUAGGAAGUGCCGCCAUGGCCGCUGUUGGUCGUCCUCGAUCUGACAGUGUGCAGAAUGCUCAACGUUACUUGUCAGGUCCUACCACAUCGCAACCGCCCUCCCUUCACCACCAUCACUCGAUGAGCAACCCCAUCGGCGCGGCCAUGUCGCAACCUCCACAUGCCAUUCAGCCGCACCCAUCCGCCGGCCGCCCCGGCCUUGACCGUGCGCACACCUUCCCUACCCCUCCCACGAGUGCGUCCAGCAUCAUGGGAAUGGGUAACCAGGGCAGCUCGUACGAGUGGAACGGCGCCAACGUCCAGAACGGGCCUGGCAACCAGUCACUUUCCAUCGACACGGGCUUGAGCAAUGCCCGCUCGGUACCAACAACGCCGGCAAGUACACCUCCAGGUGCUGUGCAGCAGGGCAUCUCCUAUCCUUCCGCACAAAACUACGAUGGGUCCAGGCCGAUCUACUCUGCUCCUCCUUCUCAACCUGGUCAAUAUCACACCCAAGGCCAGCCUAUGAUGGGAUACCGCAACGACGGGUCCUACCCCAAGACAGAGAUGGCACCGCCAUCGCGAAUCACCGAGGUCCCGGAUGAGGGAGAUGUCAAGCCUGCCGAUGUUUCGUUGUCACAGGGCAACGAUCAGGUGCCCAACGCACCGAAUGGAGGGGAAGGCGACCAUGAUCAAGACCACGAGUACACCCACUCCAACGCUCCCUACAGUGGCAACAGGAGCGCGUAUGGCUACAAUCCUAGUGGGGCUCAGGGAGCAAUGCACCCUGACCAUCCCCACUUGUCUCCGGAGAUGACGGGAUCCCCGCACCAGAACGGGUCUGGGCGCGCGACCCCACGCACAACAUCAACGGGACAAGCAUGGAGCUCUGGCUACCCGACUCCUCAGCGCCAGGGACUCCCUUCGAGCAAUCUCUACAGUGUGAUGAGCAGCGAUCCUCGCGCUUCCUCCAACGGUAAUGCAUCUCACGACGGCUACCCAGGCCCUACCCAGUACGCCAACCAAGGAUACCCUGCCUCUAACGGCAUGGGCUCGGCCAAGCGCGGUCGCGACGACGAGGAACAAGAGUCGUACCGUCCCGAUAGCGUCCAGGGUGAUGACAUGGGCGGCCUUAAGAGGCGAAAGACAAUGGAGGGAGGUGCUGUUGGCCCUUAUGCCCAGGACGCCAAUCCAGCUCUGCAGCGUGCCCACACCAUGCAAGCUCAAGCGCAGCGCGUUCGGAGGUAG